UGGAAAAAAAGUGGAAGAACAAAAAGGGCUAGGGGGCAGCGUCAGUAAACCCCACCCCCCAAGAAGCCUCGCCUCACGCCUACGUUAGUUUGUUCAAUUUAUUGUCUUAGCUACAUGGUGCUAGUACUGCCCGGCGCGGGCACAGGCGGCGCAACGUCGAUAUGGUGGCCGCGUUGGGCGCAAACUCUGUUCGUUGGCUGCAUCUUCCGCCGAAAUAUGCCCCGGAGUUGGUUGAUGAGCCGGCCCUCGACUUUCGGCUAGCGGGCCUUGUUUUUUUGUUGUGUGGCGGGGAGGGAGCCCCCCCGGUGGGGUGGUUGCUUUUCGCUGCCCGGACUCAUCUUGGGUUUGCAGCGCCUCAAGCCUACACGACUAGUUGGGUCGGGCGUCUAUCGUCUCUGCUUCUUGGGAAUCUCCUUUGCUCACCCCGACAGUUUACCUGCCCGUAUUUGCUCCCAUGUAAGCACAAGUUCUUGCGUCGCCCUUUUCACUGCAUGUCAGCUGCAUCUUACAUAGGUAUUUAUUGGGUGUGCGACCUAUUUAUUGCUUUACCCCUAGCUGGUUGUCAUAUAAACUUGCCGCGAUGACGUGAGACAGCCCCCCACGAGCCAAAUGGUGUCAGGCACAGCAGGCAAUCCCGGAAAUUACCAGACUUUGACAGCCGAUAAUCAUCUUGGGGAUAUGCUAU